AAUGAGUGCUUCCAUGGCAAGCCAUUUCUCUCUCUCAUCUUGGCAUCAUGCAUGGCUGCUAUUGGCGGGGUUUUAUUUGGAUAUGAUAUUGGCAUUGUAUCUGGAGCAGUCUUACAGCUGCGACAGGAGUUCCUCUUGUCAUGCCUCCAACAGGAGAUGGUUGUCAGCUCAAUGUUGAUUGGUGCUGUCUUUGCGUCAGUAACAGGAGGUUUUGUUAUUGAUUUCCUUGGUCGUCGACUUGCAAUUAUCAUCACAUCACUUGUCUUUCUUGCUGGUGCCAUCAUUCUUGCCGUUGCACAAUCCUACCCAGUGCUGAUCAUAGGUCGACUAAUUGUGGGAUUUGGAGUAUCGCUCUCUGCUAUUGCUGAGUGUAUUUACAUCUCUGAGAUUGCUCCUGCUAAGUAUCGUGGUAUGUUAGUAUCACUGAAUGAGUUGGGGAUUUGCAGUGGUCUUCUUGCUGCUUACCUUGUCAACUAUAUCUUCAUUAAUUUACCAGCUGGAUGGCGUUACAUGUUUGGGUUGUCUGGUGUUCCCGCUCUUAUCCAAGGCAUUGGAAUGUACUUUUUACCCAUGAGCCCUCGCUGGCUCAUAGUGAAAGGCAAAGAUGAACAGGCGUGCAAAAGCAUUGCACAGCUGCACUGGGAAGGGGACCCACACGAAGAACUAAUGAGAAUCAAGAGUGGAUUCAGAACAGAAUAUAAAUAUGGUUUGUGUGACUUGUUUAGCAAGAUGGACAAUAUGAGGAAGCGAAUGUUCAUCGGGGGAGGGCUGGUGUUCUUUCAACAGAUCACAGGUCAGCCCACUGUUGUCUAUUAUGCAUCUACGAUAUUUGAAGACAUUGGGUUUCACAGUGGCACGAAGGCGACUCUAGCAUCUCUUGGGAUAGGGCUUGCUAAACUUGUCGCCACGAUUCUAUCGCUCAGUCUAGUAGAUAAAGGAGGGCGUCGCCGGUUUCUUCUGAUGGGCGUGUCCGUCAUGGCAGCUAGUAUCAUCACUCUGGGCGUGGUCUCUACAUUACAGCCGCUUAAACCACCCAAGAAAUGCUACUACACGCAAGAUGGCCUAACCAACCAAACAACUGGAAUACCAUAUACUGAUCAAGGAAAUGUAACGGACGCGUACAUGAAUCGAACAACAUCCGCUGACUCGGUCAGACCAGUUAAUCCUGUUUUACGGUACCUGGCGUUGGCAGGAUUGGUCAUGUUCGUAGCAGGGUACUCAUUUGGGUUUGGACCAGUAUCCUGGCUGUUACUGAGUGAGAUCUUCCCAUCAGGCAUCAAGGGCCGUGCGUUCUCACUUGCCACCGUUCUUAACUGGGGGACAAACGUGUUCGUGUCUUUUACCUUCCUGGAUCUUCUCGGUUCUAUUGGGACAUCCGGAACUUUCUUCUUCUACGGCCUCAUUUGCGUAAUCGCUAUUGUAUUUAUCUAUAAGUACGUCCCUGAGACGAAAAACAAGACGCUUGAGCAAAUAUCCGCAGAGCUGAACUCAAAGAAAGCAAAGAGUCUAUGUCCAGCUUUCCGAUUGGCUGGCCGUCGGCGCAUGCGUAGAACAAAUGCUUCGGGAUCUACUCAUCAUAUGCUACUAGACCAAUCACAGGUGCAAAUAUGACCUCCCUCCCACAUAUUUUGUCCCUUAUUUAGAUGAAUAGAUUGAGUUGAAAUUCAACCAAAUAUAGAUGCUCGCCUCAUUUUAGACAAAAAAUUCGAACGAUGAUAAGAUGUCAGUGUUUGUUUUAACACAGGAUUUUUAUCCGUAAAUACGACCCCUUCCUCGAAAAUAGAACAAUAUCAAUCAAUGUUUACCUCAAUGUGAGAUAACUUUAGCCCUGUCCGCCAACAAAUACAGCGUAUUUUAGUAUUUUAUUUUCUAUUAAUGUAAGCUGAAUGAUGUGUGCAUGGCUUUUAUUUGAGAACAAAGCUUGUUCCUUUCCUGCUUAUUUAUCCUCUAAGCACUAAAGAUGGACUAACACAAAGUAUACCAUAUUUUCUCGAAUAAUCGACUCUCAGGGUUGCGCUUAUUUAAAAGGACGAGGCUCACGCAAAAGGCCUUUAAUAUUAGUACUACUACAACAGUUUCCCUGUCUCUAUAUCCGUACAGAACUCUCGUGUUUGUAUUUUGAAUAUGAACAGCAACAGAUAAUGAUAUUUACUAGGGGGCACUUAUUCGAGGGAGGCGCUUAUUCGAAAAAAUACAGUAUUUGUUAAAUAAAUAAAUCCACGCUAUGUGAUAAAUUUUAUCGUAUACUGAGUGCGAAUUUUUUUAUCCGAAGCGCAAUACUGCGUUUCCGUGUAGUUCCGUGUGUUUUGAGGGUAAAGAAACCCCCAAACGACGAGAAGUUCAAUGGGCGAGGUUUUGACCGUGCUUAAAAUGGGUCGAGCUCCCCCACGUGAUAGGCUGUACAUUUCAUCGUGUCUUUGAUACCUAAUUCAAUAAAUCUUCCCCUGACUUGUA